GUUUUAUUUAAGCGACACGCACCUCCCGGCACUAAAUACGUCAACGGUGGGCGCCCUCGUUCUUCCUUUCUCUCGUCCUAAAGAUGGCGGCAGGGACUCUGUACACGUAUCCAGAGAACUGGAGGGCCUUCAAGGCUCAGAUUGCUGCCCAGUACAGUGGUGCUCGCCUAAAGGUGGCCAGCAGUGCCCCUGCCUUCACCUUUGGGCAGACAAACCGUACCCCAGCCUUCCUCAACAACUUCCCCUUGGGCAAGGUUCCAGCCUUCCAGGGAGAUGACGGCUUCUGUCUGUUCGAGAGUAAUGCCAUUGCUCACUACUUGAGCAAUGAGGCCCUGCGUGGCAGCAGUCCCCAGGCUCAGUCCCAGGUUAUCCAGUGGGUGAGCUUUGCUGACUCUGAGAUCAUCCCUCCAGCCUCUGCCUGGGUCUUUCCCACCUUGGGAAUCAUGCAGUUCAACAAACAGGCAACAGAGCAGGCGAAGGAAGAGAUCAAGAAGGUGCUGUCCGUCCUCAACCAGCACCUGAACACCAGAACCUUCCUGGUUGGGGAGCGAGUCAGCCUGGCUGAUAUCAGUGUGGCCUGCAGCAUGCUGUGGCUCUACAAACAGGUUCUCGAGCCUUCCUUCCGGCAGCCUUACCCCAACGUUACCCGCUGGUUCCAGACCUGCGUCAACCAGCCCCAGUUCAAGGCUGUGCUUGGGGAAGUCAAGCUCUGUGAAAAGAUGGCUCAGUUUGAUCCCAAGAAGUUUGCUGACAUGCAGCCCAAGAAAGACACCGCUACCAAGAAAGAUACCCCACCCAAGAAAGAGAAAGCUGCAAAGGAGGCCAGCAAACCUCAGGAGAAGAAGGAGAAGAAAAAAGAGGAGAAGAAAGCAGCCCCGGCUGUGGAGGAGAUGGACGAGUGUGAAGCUGCCCUGGCUUCAGAACCCAAAGCAAAGGACCCCUUCGCUCACCUGCCAAAGAGUCCGUUUGUCUUGGAUGAGUUCAAGAGGAAGUACUCCAACGAGGACACCUUGACCGUAGCCGUGCCUCACUUCUGGGAGCACUUCGACAAGGAGGGGUACUCCAUCUGGUACGGAGAGUACAAAUACCCUGAGGAGCUCACCAUGACCUUCAUGAGCUGCAACCUCAUCAUGGGAAUGUUCCAACGACUUGACAAACUCCGCAAGAACGGUUUUGCCAGCGUGAUACUGUUUGGAGGAAACAACGAUAGUAGCAUCUCUGGGAUCUGGGUCUUCAGAGGGCAGGACCUGGCUUUCACUCUGUCUGACGACUGGCAGAUCGAUUAUGAGUCUUAUUCCUGGCGCAAACUGGACCCAGACACAGAGGAAACAAAGACCAUGGUCAAGGAGUACUUUGCUUGGGAGGGAGAGUUCAAACAUGUGGGCAAACCCUUCAACACGGGCAAGUGCUUCAAGUGAGCAGCGUGGAGGAUGCUGGUGCCAUACCCCAAGCCCUGUUUGUCCCCCCCAUACAUCCACCCCUUAACCUAAGGACAUUCAACCACAAGUACUAAAACUCCACUUGGAGCUCCUCAAACUGAUCUUCAGGUCAGAGUGGAUUGUCUCAAUGGCCCAAAAUAAGUGGUUGUUUUGAGUUGAGAAAUAAAAAAUGUUUUCCACAAUGCCA